AUGGCCAGCAUCGGACAAAUCAUCUUCUACAGCAUGCUCGUCAUCAUCGCCAUCCUUAGCACCUUGGUCAUCCUCUUCUUCUCUCUGGCCUUCUCCAAGUCCCAGUCCGGUGUGGCAAGCAGAAGCACCAAGCCUGUCGCCAACCUUAGUGAGGAUGAGCUCCUCAGCUGCUAUCUCAACACAGAAACCUCCCAAGACAAAGUGACAGUCACCUGGAAGAAGAAGGAUCUGACCGGACUGGUUUACCUGUAUAAGGACGGAGCUCCGGCUCUGACGGAUCAGGCCUCACAGUUCAAAGGGAGAGCUCAGCUCUUCCCUGAGGCUGUAGUCACAGGGAAUGCCUCUCUGCUGCUGAGGAACGUGAAACGCAGUGAUGAGGGGGAGUACACGUGCAGCAUCAGCUCCUCUAAAGGUGGAGGAGAGGUCAGCAUUUACCUCAGAACAGCAGCUUUUUCAGCCCCCACUUUCACAUUCUCAAACGGCACCCUGUCUGCUGAGGCAGUCGGGUGGUUUCCUAAGCCAGCUGUUACAUGGUUAAACCAAACUGAGCAGGAACUGAAUGGGAGCACCACUUUCAUAAACAGCUCUGAGGGGAUCUUCAGCAUCUUCAGCACGCUGCAGUCGGUGCGAGUCAGCGACACCUACAGCUUCAUGAUUGAAAAUAACUUGGUGAUGGCUAGUUCUGAGGCAACUGUGUCAGGCACGGAUGUUUCAUGGAGGACAUAUUUCACCUUCAGUGUCGCUUCCUGUCCAUUUGGAUCAGUUUAUCUGAAUGUUGUGACCAGCAUCCACUGCAUCUAUUAUGCGGCCUUGUGA